AUGGGUUUAGUAAGGAAAUCCAAGAAGAAAGAGUCUUCGAACAACCAGUUGUUCCUCAAGAUCUACGCUAAUCGUGCUGCAGAAUUGAUUCCAAAUAAUAUCGAUGAAUCGACCACGGACUUUAAUUCUUCAGCGUCUGCUACUUCUGCUAGUAAAAAAAGCGUAAAUCCUGUUCUUGUAGCAUCGUUGAACAAUUCCAAGAGUAAAACUAAUAGGAAGUUGCAUACCACUCAGCCUACGUGGGAUUCUACACUCGUGAUACCCUUGAAAGAGAAUGACUACUCCCAGAUAGUCACAUUGACCAUAUGGGACAAGCAUACCAGGUACAAAAACUAUUUGGGAGAAUUGAGAUUGAAGGUCAGCGACCUAUUCUUGGGUAAGGAAACUGCACUGAAGACUGACUUAAAGUGGUAUAAGCUUUACUCUGGAAAGAGUUUUCAGGGGUUUGUGACAGGCUCAGUGUUGCUUUCUUUUGAAUUGGAAGUCAAGGCUAGGAGAAGGCAGCUGGGGAAGAGGAAAUCCCUGAAAGAUGAAGACUCAAGUGCAGGUGCCCCCCCUUCUAACUCGUCUAACUCAUCCCUACCACUUCCCAAGCUAGUGGUGAAGCCCCCCACAUUAACUUCAAAUGAUGUCUUCUCGAAGUUAGAAUCGAUGAAGCUUUCAGAGGAGAGCGAUGAACUUGACUUGGUCACCAUAGAUACAGUUGAUGAAAAGGAAAAGAUUAGUUUGUUCCAAAAUUGGAUUGACAGUUUACUCAUUCCCACUCCUGACACCCAUCUCUACAAACCUGAUGACCAAGGAUUCUACACUAAUGAGGUCUCUGCUGCAAUUGCGGAUGCAUCUGAUAUAGAAUCUAUGGCAACCAUGGCAACUGAAUCAACAUUACCUCCACUGUUGCAAGCUGAACCAAUAAACCUGUUAUUGACUCUGCAGGUUUUGCUGCACUCAAUUCUAGCUAGUGACUCUGAGUUUACUUCAAUGUCAGACGCUUCUUCAAUGUCAGAGUUCUCCGUAGACGAUGAAAAUUCGAAUGAAGUUCCUCCUGGAACUCUGCCUACAGAGCAUGAUCUUAGAUCUCAGGUUCUUGAUCGCCAACAUCGCACAACUAACAAGAGCAAAGAAAGUCAUGAAGGUAAAAAGAAAAGAAGGUUCGGUAGAAGGAGAAGAAGUUCUAAGCAUAAAUCAAAGUUGUCUUCUAAUUUCGAACUAAGCAACAGAAAGGUCCUUGGAGUCUUGUUUUUGGAGAUUUUAUCUUGUUCUGAUUUGCCGCCCAUGAAGAAUAUAACAAGGACUUCGUUUGAUAUGGAUCCUUUUGUUGUGGUUACAUUUGGAAAAAGAACAUUCAGAACAAGCUGGAAACGUCACACUCUUAACCCUAUUUUUAAUGAAAGGUUAGCUUUUGAAAUAUUGCCCCAUGAAAAGAAUUACAACAUCAAAUUCUCGAUAUUGGAUAAGGAUAGCUUUUCCUUUCAUGAUAAAGUUGCUAAUAUUUCGUUGAUGGUUAACGAAUUAACCAAAAUUUCUGGCGAUCUGAAUUCUCAGUCCCAGCCUGGUAAUAAAGGUGUAUCUACUAGUAACGAAGCAUCUUUCUCGUUAAACCUUGACUCUGCAACUGCUGAAAGGGACAAUGUUGACUCUGGAUCAACUGCACUGCAGAAUAUUAAAUUCUCAGAUGAUCCAAAUAUGGUGAGUUCCAUUAAGAAGAAGAGAUUUUCUAAACGAAAGAAGAUCACGGUUCUGUAUGCUGAUACCUCUAAAUUUAAGACUAUUGAUUUGGCUCUUGAUUUGCAUAAAGAGAAAUACGUAGGCAAAUAUUCCCCAGUUCUAAAAAUCAGAGCAAGAUUUGAACCUUAUGAGAGCUUACGAAGACAGUUUUGGAAAGUAUUACUAGAACGAUAUCAUAUAGAGGAAACUACGAAUACCUAUGAUUAUAUUGAACUUAUAGCAUUCUUGGAUACUUUAGGUUGCCAAGAUAGUGAUGAUAUUGUGAAUGGAUUUUUCAAUGAUUAUGACAGACUGAUGUGGGGUGGUGAUACGUUAACUAUUGAUGAAAUUAGCGAUAGUUUAGAAAAGCACAUUGAUUCAUCCGUAGGCAGUGUCAAAAUCUUUGAGAUUGAAAAAUGUCCAAUAUGUUUACAAAAACGAUUUGCAAAUAAGCAAGAUAUUGACAUAGUCACCCAUGUUGCAAUUUGCGCUUCAAAGGAUUGGAGCAUUGCUAGUAAGUUGUUGUUGUUUUCGUAUGACACUCCGGAAGUUGCUACAAGAAGGUGGUUUUCCAAAGCCUUGAUUAAAAUAUCAUAUGGUAAGUACAAGUUAGGAAGUAACUCUGCUAAUAUCUUAGUGCAGGAUAGAAGAACGGGGAUUAUUAUGGAGGAAAAAAUGGGAGUCUAUGUAAGAUUGGGAAUCAGACUUUUAUAUAAAGGUUUGGAUUCUGCCAAGAGUAGACGAAUCAGGCAAUUAUUAAAAAAAUUGAGUGUAAAGCAAGGUUCAAAGUUUGAUAAUCCUUCUCUGAAGAAUGAUAUACCUUCAUUCAUCAAGUUUCAUAGAUUGGACCUCGCAGAAUGUCUUGAAGAAGAUAUGACAAAAUAUGAUACUUUCAAUGAGUUUUUCUACAGAAAAUUAAAGCCUGAUGCAAGACCUAAUGCUUCCGAAGAUGAGAGGAUUGUGGUUUCUCCUGCUGACUGUAGAUGUACAGUAUUCAAAAAUGUUAAUGAUGCUACCGAACUUUGGGUAAAAGGCAGAAAUUUUACGUUAGCUAAAUUGUUUAAUGGUAAUUUGAACGAUUUGGAGGAUUCUAAUUUGUAUAAAGCAAAUCAAUGCUCUUUAGGUAUUUUCAGAUUGGCACCCCAAGAUUACCAUAGAUUCCAUUCGCCAGUGACUGGAAAAGUAAGACAAAUAAAGCAAGUCGAUGGAGAAUACUAUACUGUGAAUCCAAUGGCAAUAAGAUCUGAACUAGAUGUCUUUGGUGAAAAUGUUCGGACAUUGAUUACGAUUGAUACUGAACAUUUCGGUACCAUCGUUAUGAUCGCAGUUGGUGCUAUGAUGGUUGGCUCCAUUGUUUUAACUAUUAAGGAAGAAGAUGAAAUACGUAGAGGAGAAGAGGUAGGAUAUUUUAAAUUUGGUGGCUCUACUAUUUUAUUACUCUUCCAAUCAAAAUAUUUCCAGUUCGAUUCAGAUAUGGUGGAUAAUUCUUUGGGUUGUAUUGAAACAUUAAUUAGAGUUGGUCAAAGUGUUGGACAUCAUCCAGACGUAGAAGAAUGCUCCAUUGGUCAUAUUGACUUCAAUAAGCAAUCCAAGGAUUUCAAAUUGAACUUAAUCAGGGUUCUUACUGGUGGGGACUUGAGUAACGCUAAAGACCUUAGUAAUUGGGAGGCCAGUAAACUUGAAAUAGAAGAUGACGAUGAAAUUGUGCUAAGCGAAGGGGAAGGACUAGGAAAGUAUGAGCCUUUUGAUGAGGAGGAAGAAGAAGAUGAAGUAGGGUCACUUGAUUCAGAAUAG